UAAAACGGCAUCGGAUGGAAUGCAGCUAAAAGUUUUUAACCACGUGUGGUAUUUUCAUAAGAAAUCAGAAACCGAAAUUACCGAACUAUGACUACGACAUUGUGGAAUCCUAAGGCAUUUGGAGUCACCCUUUGCAUUCGUUCGACUUCACUUCUUAAAAGAGAGCUUCAUCUCCAGUCGUAGUUUAUAACUAGACUCUGCGCGCUUGGUACUUUGGAGCACUACAGCUCUCAAGAUAAAGAGGAACUCUGAUAAACCAGAAUUCAAUGGCAACAAGACACUCCAAUUCAUCAAUAUAUGUUGAUGCGCGGGUGCCCAGGCGACUCUAAUGAGAUUAACGGAGAUACACAUUCCGAGAGCAAUCCUAAGAAACAGGUUGCUGGUGCAUGGUGUGACACGACUCAUGAGAUUGUUAAGAAUGCGAAGGCGGAAUAGAUUUCUGGUAACAACGUCGUUGAUUGCCUUGGUUGUACUAACAUGCCGCUCUAUAUUCCUACUGGAAGGAGGUUACAGCUUAGAAGUAAUGGCCAGAAAUGAUUUCUCCAAAAGUUGGAGAAAUAAGACCUUCUCUAUUGGAGAGAUACCAGAAAGUGUAACAUCUCCAACGCCAUUAAUUUCAACUGCGAAUUACUUAAAACAUUACUUUAAGGAUGAUUCACCGGAGAUUGAAGACAACAAACGAUUUAAACAUAAUGGUGCCAUAAAGGAAUCGCACCUGGAUGAUUCCAAGCCAGUAGACGAACAUGUUGAACCAUUUAAACGUCCCAAAGACAUGAACCAGAACCUGAUCAUGUACAACAGAUUACCAAAAUGCGGAUCAGAAUCGUUAAUGGCUAUAAUGAAACGUCUUGGAAGAAUGAACAUGUUCAACUAUAAACAUUCACUGACGUAUCACAAUUGGAGUUUGGAUGUUACAUCUCAAGGAGAAUUCGUCCAGUCAUUUGAUAACCUAACCUCCGUGACUUUUACGUGCCCGAGAAACUACGGAGCAUCAACGAUAUUCAUAACAACAACCAAAACCGAUGAGAUUAUUUAUGUAUGUCAACCAAGCUCAUGGACUACUCCGUUAAAGUGCAUAUAUGAUCGACAUUUGCAUUACGUAGAUUUUAAACAAUUUGGACGGACGCCUCCAUUGUAUAUCAACGUGAUUCGAGAUCCGCUCGAGCAGGCAGUUUCGCUUUAUUAUUUUAACCGAUUAAAAGGUCGACUUGGCCGCCAAGGAAAAUAUACCGAACGAGAGAGGGCGCAAUCAUUUGAUGAGUGUAUACGGGAGAAUGUUGACAACAUGAGUGUAUGCGAUGUACAUCAUGAUCUUUAUGUUCAUUGGUUCUGUGGCCAUAGUGAUGUGUGUUCGAAUAACAUGGAAGCAGCCAUCAAGAUUGCCAAAAAGAACAUCAACGAACAUGCCCUUGUUGGUCUAGCAGAGGAGUUCAACAAUACACUCAAAGUAUUAGAGAAAAUUCUCCCAGAAUACUUCGAAGGGGUAUCCAUGAUGGACCACGUGCGCGUAAACGCUCGUGUUAGCGCAUCUACGACUGGAACCGAACUUAGGCCAUCUGUCGUUGAGUUAGUAAAAAGAGAACUCAUAUACUCCUAUACAAUUUAUAAAUAUGUUAAACUGAAAUUUCAAAAAACAUUAAAGGCCUUGUCUAUUGAUUAAUACGUCAAAUCAUAUUGUAGAUCUCUAAAGAUGUACUAAAACAAUAGUCAGAAUCUCUUUUUAGCUUGUAGCUUGCACAAAAAACUCUUUUGUUAUUUUAACCCAAAAGCUCGUGAUAGUUCCCUGCAAAACACGAGUUAUACUGUCAACUUCUGAUUUUGAAAUGUUGUUAUUUUUGCGGAUUUUUUGAAGUCAUGUGACCAUGACAGUGGAAGCACAGUGUACAAAGUUAUUUUGGCACGAGAUCUAAAAGUUGUUGUCGCAAACUACUAUGAAGGCGAGACCAAAGUAAAAAUACAUAUAUAAAAUUUUUGUUUUGAUCAAUUGAACUACACAACAAAUCCAGUGGAAAGAGCA